CCCGCGAUCCGCCCGGGCGCUGCGCCCCCUUCCUCGCCGCCGCCCCCUGGCCCUGGGCGGCGCCGGUGGGGCCCCCUCCGCCCCCCCUUCCGAUGCCCCCGCCCUUCCCCCCCGCCUGCCUUCUCUCGGGGCCCCAUGGCGGCGGAACAGCUGGAGCAAAUCCUUUCGCUCUUGCUGCAGCCUGACAAUGCCGUCAUCCAACAGGCUACAGCCCAGCUGAAAGAGAUACUAAAGCAACCUGCAGCUCUUUCCCAUCUUUGCCAUGUGAUGACACAUUUGCAGCAUCCUCAGAUCCAGCAGUUUGCUGCUGUGUUGCUGAGGAGGCGGCUGACCAAACACUGGAAGAAAAUUAGUGCAGCGGAACAGGAUGCCCUCAAGACACUUGUGCUAAACAGCCUGCAACAGCAGACAGACCAUAAGGUCUCCCUGGGCCUAGCCCAGCUGGCUGCCGUCAUUCUGAAGAACGAGACAUUGGAGAAAUGGCCGCAGGUGCUUCAGAUCAUUCAGCAGGGGGCCCGUUCCCGAGACCCCAACAAGUGCCAGAUGGCGCUACUGCUGCUGCAGUCUGCUGUGGAGCUGGACCCGGACCUCUUCUGCCCCCACAACAAGGACCUCCUGCGCCUCUUCCAUCAGACGCUCAACAACCGGGGUCAGACAGCCAUCCUCUACUAUUCCCUGCGGAGCCUGAGCGCCGUGGUUGGCGGGCUGAGCUCUGACGAAGUGAACCUGAUGUCUUCCAUGAUGCCCAAGGUGAUAGCAGCUAUCCGAGAACUCAUUCACGUUAACGAGGUCCAGGCAAGUGAAGCGAUGGAGGUUUUUGACGAACUCCUGGAGACCGAAGUUGCCAUUGUGGCCCAGCAUCUCUCGGAAGUCGUGAGCUUCUGCCUGGAGGUGGCCGCCAAUCCGGCGCUGAGCGACGGCCUGCGGGUGAAGGCGCUCUCCUGCGUCAGCUACCUCGUCAAGCUGAAGAGCAAGGCCAUUUUGAAGCACAAGCUCCUCUCGCCCAUCCUGAGCACCCUCUUCCCCAUCAUGAGCGCGGAGCCAGCCCUGGGCCAGAUGGACGUGGAGGACGAGCUGACAGAGGAGGACAUCGAGGACCAGGCGGAAGUCCAGACGCCCAAACACUUUGCGGUCCAGGUGGUGGACAUGUUGGCGCUGCACCUGCCCCCUGAGAAGCUCUUCCCCCAGCUGACUCCCCUGAUGGAGCCAGCGCUUUUGAGCAUCAAUCCUUAUCACCGGAAGGCAGGGCUGAUGUGCUUAGCGGUGCUGGCAGAAGGCUGCGGGGAUCACAUCCGCAACAAACAUCUUCAGCCCAUGUUGCAGGUGGUGUGCCGAGCAUUGUCAGAUGAAAGUCAGGUUGUGCGCAACGCAGCACUCUUCGCCCUUGGGCAGUUUUCUGAGAAUCUGCAGCCAGACAUUGCUCGUUUCUCAGAUGACAUAAUGCCGCUCCUCCUGCGCUACCUGGAGGGGGUCCAGCUGGCCCACACUUCCCACCUGGCCAAGGCUUACUACGCUCUGGAGAACUUUGUGGAAAACCUCGAAAACAAGAUUUCCCCCUACCUCCCAGCAUUGAUGGAGCGGAUGCUCAGCACCUUGGCCUGUCCUGGGAGUCCACGCACCAAGGAGCUGGCUGUUAGCGCCAUUGGGGCCAUUGCCCAGGCCGCCAAGGAAUCUCUCCUGCCGUAUUUCCAAGCAGUCAUGGAGCACCUGACGGGUUACAUGCUCACGACCCGGGAAGACCUCAGACCUGUCCAGAUUCAGUCUGUGGAGACAGUGGCUAUCCUUGCCAACGUCCUGGACAAAGACAUCUUCCUGCCGAUUUCCGAGAGGUGCUGCCAGCUUGGGCUGGACCUCUGCGACAGAGUGGACGAUCCUGACUUGCGGCGAUGCACGUACAGUCUUUUUGGCGCGCUCGCAAACGUCAUGGGGGAUUCAAUCACACCAUACCUGCCUCGCAUCACCACUCUUCUGCUUUAUUCCCUCAAAUCCACAGAGGGCAUCAAGCCCCCCCUCGAUUCCGGAAAUUCUUUCCUUUUGUUUGAUGACGAGGAAGAGGAGGUGGAGGUGGAGGGAGAAGAAACCCUUACUGAUGAGGAAGAUGAAGAAGACGCUGAGCUGAUCGGGGCUUGCGUGCAAAGCGCAUUUAUGGAUGAAAAGGAGGACGCCUGCAUGGCUCUGGGGGACAUCGCUGCCAGCGUCAGUGGGCCCUUCCUCCCUUAUAUAGAGAGCUCGUUCCAGGAAGUGUCCAAGUUCCUGGAGUGCCCCCACAUUCGGGUGCGGAAAUCGGCUUUCGAGGCCCUGGGGCAGUUCGUGAUUUCGCUGCAUCGGGUGUGCAAGCAGGACCCGUCCGAAUGUCACAUCGCUGCUUUUCAGAAACUGGCAUCUACCGUGCUGCCAAUUUACAUGAAAGGCAUUCAGGAGGACCGGGAGCGCCAAGUUGUGAUGGCUGUUUUGGAAACCCUGGCCAAGGUGGUGAAGGAGUGCAAGAAGGACAUCCUGCAGGAGCCUGGCCAAGUGACCGAGCUCUGCCGGGUGAUUCGGGCGGUGCUGGAGCAAAAGGUAGCCUGCCAGGACAACGAGGAGGAUGAAGAUGACGACGACGAACAGGCCGAAUACGACUGCAUGCUGAUCGAGUACGCCGGGGAGAUGAUCCCUGUCCUCGCCGAAGCCACUGGAGGAGAAACCUUUGCUCCAUAUUUUGCCGGUUUCUUACCUCUGCUCAUCAACAAGAUGAAACCUUCCUCUUCCGCAGCGGACAAGUCCUUUGCGGUGGGAAUCAUUGCAGAGACGGUUCAGGGCCUGGGGUGCGUCUCAAGCGCCUUCAUCCCACACCUGCUGCCGUUGCUGAUGGGGGCGGCCCGUGAGGAGGACCAGGAAGUGCGCAGCAACGCCGUCUUCGGGCUGGGUGUCCUGGCAGAACAUGGCGGGGAAGCCAUGCAUGAACACUACCCCAAGAUCCUGGCACUUUUAUCCAACCUCAUUUCUCAGGAGCGAAACAGCCGGGUUACUGAUAAUGUCUGCGGAGCUGUUGCGAGGAUGAUGAUGGGCAGUCCUGGAGGGAUGCCCUUUGAGCAGGUUUUCCCAGUCCUGCUUCGUGCCCUUCCUCUGAGGGAGGACUUUGAAGAAUACAAAACGGUGUACCGUUGCAUCACGUUCAUCUAUGAACACGAUCCGCCACAGGUACUGCAGCAGAUUCCGGAGAUCGUGCGAAGCAGCGGCCCCGUUCUAGGUUGCAAAAAUCUCCCCACAGAAGCCAGGAACCUGCUGAUCACGCUCCUGGGCAGCCUCUCAGCCCGCUGCCCCGCUGAGUUCCAGACAGCCGUCCUGGCCCACCCUCCAGAAGUCGGCACUUUGAUCAAUGCAGCCAUCGGCUCCGCUUGAGUCGACCAGGAAAUGGCACCCUCACCCAACAUUGCACCAUCAACCAGGACUUCUGAGCCCAGGGCAGCGGCCUUCAUCAGCCCCACCUUCUCUGCAGACUUUGGUUUUGACCCCCAGCUUCAGCACCGAAGCGAAGCCCCCUCGGUUUCCACUUGCUCCCUUUGUUUCCCUCCCGAUCCACACGCAAGGCCGGCGUUCAGAACUGCAGCCGGGCGGCUGUGUUUGUGUUGGGGAGGGUUGAGAUAUUUGUGGGUCUCUUUUUUUCACAGUUCAACUCUCUCCUCCCCCCUCUCCCCUGUUAUCAUCAAAGGCAAGCUCUUUGGCUGAAAAUCCUGAUCAAUAUCCCGAGGUUGGUUGCAGCAGUCGCUUAACGCGGCUAACCAGAUUUGAAAUGUCUGCACUUUUCCCCCUGACCAUAAUCUUCACAACCACAAGGCUGCCAAGGCAAAUUUUGUUGGCCUGGUGAAACCAGCACACUGCAGUUGCUUCAACGUGGUGUCAUUUCCAAAGAAAGUCUCUUUUUAACUCUGAUGUUGCAGGCUUCCUGACCACAGAGGGGAGAUCUGCAGCAUAGUGAGGUUUGUUUUCUGCUUCAGUUGCCUGGAAUGGUAUUUUUACCAGAAGGGGAAUUUGCUCGUUCAAGCAUCUGGGGCUUCAGAUGUGCACCUUGGCCAAACGGGGGUUGUCAGGGCUGCCGAACAGGUAACUCAUUGGCUGUUCAGGAAUUAGGAUUUAGGUUUGCUAAAUCUGGCUGGGGGCUCCUGUCCACACACCCUCCCUCGCUGUUUCUGGUUGCAUCUUCCGAAGCUUAACAAAGCCGAGCGGGGUGCGUGAAUCAUGGUGCGGUUGACAUCCGGCUUGAUCGUACUUGUUCUUGUGGGAAAGGGCAUUCCCACGAUGAUGGAAGAGAACGAAUUAGCUCCAUUUGCAGAGACUCUUACAGCCUUGGCAUGGUGCACGCAAAACAGCCGGUUGCUCUUAGCGGGUGCCCAACCCACCACUUUGCCCUGUUGUGAAUAUGCAGCCGAUUUUUUAUGGUUCUCACAACUACUAUUAAUUUUUGCUGGUUGCCAAAGCAGCUGGGAGGAUCCCAGCUUGGCCUUCAUCCCCCUGGGGAAGCUUUCCUGGGAUUUGACUCCGCCACAUUUUCUUACAAGGGGUCAUAUUUGUGUGCACAAAGUUCUGUAUUUCUUCAGCAGUCACCCAGAGGACAUGCCUUUGCUGGGAUGUGGUUUUUUCAGCUGGAUUCCUGCCACAGAGUAGCAGUCCACAAAUCAGCUAUGCCCUUGUCCUUUGUAUUUAAGAUUUUAACUGUCUGGUUUGGCAGUUUUUGGAACAAAA